CUAUAAGUGUAGCUAUAGCCGCCAAUUUUGAUUUAAUCUUUUUAAGUCGCACGCUCAAUCAUUUUUUGGACGCGACUUUUUUCCACACCUAUGGUGUUUUUGAUUCAAUUUUAUUUGCUCUGAGCGAAGCGUCCCCUCGCAGGAAUAUAGCACGUGUUUUCAACCAAGUAGUGUAACAUUGUCAGUCAAAUUUAAUCAGUUCAACUAUAGAUGGAGGAAGAUUCUGUCGUUAAAAAAGCACAUUUGAGUAAGAAUGAAAGAGUUCCACGACUUUAUAAGCAAGCUGCACGUAUUCUUAAGCAAAUUGAUGAAAAAAAGGGAAGUGCUAGAGGUCUUGUUUUCACCAUGAAACAUUGUAACAAGAAAAAGCUGUAUGCUGUAGUAAGUCAAACAUUGAAGUAUAAACACAUUCUAAAUAAGGUGUUUGAACAUGCUCAACUGUUUGAAAAAGAAACCAGACUAGACCAGUUUCUGGCAUUGGUCCUUGCCUAUCAACAUCUAAUUGCUGGUCGUAAAUUAUCAUCUCAGAGCAAACCUGUGCAGAUGAUUAUCGAAUAUUGUCCACUGCUGCAGAAAGGCUUUAAAAAAAUUUUGCGGAAGGCUAACGUCAAGAAUGUGGAAGAUUUAGUCAAUAAUGACUUGGAAAAAGAAGGUAGAGUUUCUCUACCUCGUUAUGUGAGGAUAAACACCAUCAAUACAUCUAUUAACAAUGUGAUUCAGCAACUUGAAAGUGAUGGAUUUGUUGAAGUUAAACUUGAUCAUCCUGUUUCUCUGGAAAGAUACAAAUCAACAAUAUUGAACCUGGAGAAGCAACAGUUUUUGCAAGACCAGGAUUUUCCUGAUGUGUUGAUUUUACCUCAUGGGACAGAUCUGCAAAAUAGUUCUCUCUAUGAUAAUGCAAACAUCUUUUUACAAGACAAGAGUAGUAGUUUAGCUGUCAGAGCACUGAACCCUCCACCUGGGAGUUUUGUCUUGGAUGCAUGUGCAGCUCCUGGGAUGAAGACUGUUCAUCUUGCAGCUUUAAUGGAAAACAAAGGGAAAAUAUUAGCUGUGGAUAUGAGCUCUGAGAGACUUGGUACUGUAAAGGAAAUGGUGCAUUUGGCAGGAGUGACUUCAUGUGAGACUCAUUGUGCAGACUUUUCAUCAUUAGAUCCUGCCGUUGAGCCGUUUUCAUCCGUAGAGUAUAUUCUUCUUGACCCAUCCUGUUCUGGGUCUGGUAUAGUCAACCGCUUGGACUAUGGAUCCAGUGAAACUUCUGCUCCUUCCCGAAUAAGGAAAUUAGCCUGGUUCCAGAAGCAGCUUUUAUCUCAUUCUUUUACAUUCCCAAAUGUUAAACGAAUUGUUUACUCAACUUGUUCAAUCAACCAAGAAGAGAAUGAAGAAGUUAUCAAAACAGUACUGGAAACUACCAAAGAUUUUGCUCUAGAAGAAAUAAUACCCCAAUGGCCAACUCGAGGUUUACCAGAGUUUGACUUUGGAAGUCUUUGUGUUCGAUCAUAUCCUGAAGAAAAUCUCACUAAUGGCUUUUUUGUUGCUGCUUUUCAAAGGAUUCAACCUUGCAUUGAGGAACUGUCUGAAAAGUGUAAAAAGAAAAAGUCAAAGAAAGAAAAGAAAAAAUCAACAUGAGUAUCUUUAGAAAAUAAUGUAUUAAUUUCUUUGGGUAAAAUAAAAAUUGAUUUUAUAUCCAUUUCAA